AUGUCAGAGAGAAGCAGCAAGAAAGGCCCUAAAGGCGGCGCGAAGCGUUCGUCACAGGGCUCCUCUCAGGGGCUGGAAAGCACUAAACUGGCCACUUUGACCGAAUUGUUCCCAGAUUGGACGGCACAAGACUUGGAGCCUGUGCUGGAGGAAUAUCCAGAUGAAGACCUCAAUGUGAUUAUAGAAAACAUUAUCAGCGGAAAAAUAAACAAAUGGACUGAUCCAUCAGCUAAGAAGGAGAAGAAAAAGAGAGAAGAAUCCUUUAAUGCAAGUGAAGAAUUAUCAACUCCCUCUUAUCACCAAACACCUAACAGCGCAAAGAAAGAGUAUCCUAAGAAAGAAGUUAAGGCUAAAUCCAAGAAGUCUCAACCGCGUUCUACGACAUCCACGACUACUGCAUCUACUAAAGCUCAACUGACGCCAUCGUCUAAUCCAAGCACAAAAAGUUCAUGGGCGGCUGCUCUACAUCAGAAACAAGAGGAUAAACCUUCUUCAACCGUAACUCCCACUACUGAAACCGAAACUCCAAAUGGCGAAAACGCAUCUCAGUCUCCAGUUGCCGAGACAAAGUCUGAACAAGAAGAGUCUUUUGCCCCCGCCGCAGUUGUUGAAACUUCCGCUAAACCAAAGUCUUGGGCUGCUAUGGUCGCUCAAUCUGCUAAACCCAAGAAGAAGAUUUUGAAAAGACCUGAACAAGCUGCAAAGCCCUCUAGCAACGAGGAAUUGUCGCAACAAAAUGGGGAAAUUCAGGACGAGCAACAAUCUUUGCAAACUCAAGCAGAAACCCAAGCUGAGCAACCUAUUCAGUCCAUUGAGCUUCAGCAGACCAAUGAACAAAUCUCACAACAAGAGCAGAAACCUGUUCAGGAGCCUAAGCCUUUGGAGAGAAAGCAACAGCAACAACAACAACAACAACCUGUUGUUCUACCAUCUGCUGUAAACUUGGAUUCUAUUGGAGGAAUUUCAUUUGGUUCCCUAUCUUUGAAUGAAAAAGAGGCCAGUUCUGCUCAGCAAGCUCAGCAGGCAAGCCAACCCACUUCUCAAGUGCAAGCACAGACCCAAAAUCAACAGUACCAACGUUAUGAAAACCAGUAUUACAACAAUAACCGUCAGUUCUACCAAGAUGGAAAGCAGGUCAACUAUGAUUCCUUUGUUCGUCAACAGCAACAACAGCAGCAGCAUCAACAACAACAAUACUGGGCCCAUCCACAGGCUCAAGCUCAAGGUGUUGCCUCUGCUGGUGGUUCAGAUUUAAACAGUGCCUCACCAGCUGCCAGCAACGCUCUGCCUCAAGGCCAACCCCAGGGAACUCCAUCUGCAUCUAAUGCCAACCCUGUUAACGCAUACAACAACCCUCAGUUCUACACUCCAUACGUAUACUACCCAUAUGGUCAGUACUACCAAAACCCUCAACUUUACUCUGGUUACAUGGGCUAUGGAGCUGGACAGCCUCAGACUCAGCCUCAUCAGCCACAAGUACCCCCAACUGCUAGUCCAUCCCAGCAGACUCAGCAAGUGCAACCAACUUCAGGCCAGGUUCCAAACCAGCAACUAGCCGGGUUUCAAGGCUACCAGCAGCCUUAUCAACAAGCAUACCUGAACAAAAAUGGAUACCCUCUGUACCAGCAGUACCCUCAGCAGCAACAGCAGCAGGUGGGUGGUCAAGGUCAAUCUCAGCCACAAGGUAAGGAAGUUGAGGAGCCCAAGCCUCAACAGCAAGGCCAACAGGCUGGUCAGCACCAGGGUCAGCAGGCCCAGUUACCUCAACAGUACCCUGGCCACCCAGGUCAGUACUUUGGACAACAGGCUCUUGGUGCCCAGCAGACUCCUUACACUGAAUACCCGGUGUAUCCUAACAGUAAUGACUACAAUAACACCAAUGCUAAAGGGUGGAUUUAA